AUGCAGCCUGAGAGACGCAAGGAUGAGAGGAAAUUUCAAGGUCGGUGGCGUCCAUGGAAGAAGCGGAGACGAACUGAGGGAAGAGAUGAAGAUGAGGAGAUCUGGUUCAAUGGUGGAGGAGACAAGGUAGAGAGCGUAUGCCUGACGAAGAAGAAAGAAGAAGCUUCAUGA